AUGCUGCUGGACCUGUCGAACUGCAACCUGAGGAGCCUGGAGGACUCCGACCUGAUCCUGGAAAAGCUGAUCGAGCAAAACGCAGACUACACAAGUGUGACCUACCUAGACGCAUCCCACAACUCCAUCCGGUCACUAAAAGGAUUGAGCUGUUUUGAAAAUUUGAAGAUCUUAAACAUUUCAUACAAUUUGUUAAAGUCGUUAGAUGGAGACUUCAUCCCCUCUUCCACCGAAAAAAUAAUUGCUCACCAUAACGACCUCACAGACAUAUGUUUUAAGGGGGUGAAGAAAUUCUCAGGGGGUAGUGAAGGGAAAGAAGUACAAAGGGAUUCUUACCAUGGGGGUAAGAUGAGACAGGAGGGUAAACCUAAGUGCGGUGUACAACCUACGCGUGUUUCUUACCCGGAAGAGAAAGGAGAGGAUUCAUCACCCAGUUCUUCUUACAAUGACACCUACAGAAAUAACGUACUAAAUGAAAAAGUAUUUUACACGAAUAAAGAUUUACCACUGAACAGGUUGGCAUUCCUAGAUGUGAGCUUUAACAAGAUUAAAAAACUCACCACGUUUGAAAGGUACCUACAUAUUAUUAACAAAAAGAAUGAACAGGGCAACCUCGAAGGAGGGUACUCAGAUGAGGGACACAUAAAAGACUUUAUUACGAAUAAGACUGAGCAGGAUGUCAUGCUUUUAUUUUUUAACUCCUUAGAUACUCUUUACCUUCGAGGGAAUAAAUUGACCAACUUAAAAGGACUCAGUGUGUUUAAGAAUUUGAAGGUGUUGGACCUCCGUUCUAAUCUGAUUAACCACCCGGUGCAAUUGUUUUACCUCCUCGAUAAUGAAAAUUGGCUGAAGCAAUAUAAUGAGAAGGCUAUGAGGACAGAGGAUGCCUUUUCUUCGUGUUCCCCUCCUCUCCUGUCCUCCUCCUCGAGUGGCUGCUACUCAUACUUCCGCUCCGUUUUACAAAAGUACAAAAAUUUGAAGUGUGUACAAAAUGUGUUCCUGCGUGGGAACCGGCGCGUGCUCAAGCCCAAGCAUUUAUUCCUCAGCGUGUGCGACGUCCUCAGGUGCGCCAACACGCGCGGCAGGUUCACCACGGACGUCUCCCUGGAGGGGGAGAACGAACAAGAGCAGCAGGGGGGGGGAGAGAAUGCGCUAGCGGAGGGAGAGGACGACCUGGUGGGCGAUAUCCUCAGCGCCGCCAGCCAAGUGGAGGACAGCCAAGUGGAGGACAGCCAAGUGGGGGACAGCCAAGUGGAAGCCAGCCAAGUGGAGGACAGCCAAGUGGAAGCCAGCCAAGUGGAGGACAGCCAAACGGAGGAGACGGCGUCCGAGGGAGGAUACCUAGACGAGGGGUACUUAAGCGGGGAUCGCGCAGGUGGAGGCGAUUCACAUGAGACUGCUUCAGAUGGGGCCGAUUCAGACGAGGUCUACUCAGAGGAGUCCCUCAUCGGGGGAGACCGCCUGGGCAUGUCUCUCAGCGAUAAGGGCAAGGAACCGGGGGGACAGGUGCAGAAAUUAAUAAAGACGGUGGAGGAGAGUUUGGACGAGAGUUUGACCUCCAACCAGACAAGAGGAGAGCGGAAUGCCCGAGAGAAGGUCAGCGAGUCAAACAGCUUGGUGAAAAGAACGGUACUCCCGCACGGCGCAUGUGAGUUGCAGGAAACGAGUGCAUACCGCUACCUAAGGGAAGAGGAGAGGGACGACGAAGACGAGGAUGAAGCAGACUGGGACGAAGUACGCAACGAUUCUGCCCCAUCAGAGGACGUACGCGAACAUUAUGCCCCAUCAGAGGAACACAUAGAAAAGCUAAUUCACAACUUAAACAGAUGCGUGUCCACCAAUGCAUCACAAGUGGUACCCCCCACAAGUGGAAGGACAAAAGAUGAAGUGAAGGAGCGACGUUUCUGUGAGAAGGAACCUCCUUACAUGAUGGAGGAGAAGUGUGAGAGGAAAGAAAUUAAUGAGGUGGGAAAAGGCCAGGGGGUGAAGGCCUUAAGCACAGAAGGUGAAUGUGGGUCGACGUAUGAAGGAAUGGUCAGGCAGCAGGGGCUCGGCGAUACGUCAUGCGAGGAAGUGGAGGAGGAUCAGUCGGAAGUUGAGGGGAAUGAAACGAGUAGCUCCUUCUCCUCCGUCGUGAAUACCAACCAGGCGAAGAACGCAUUAAAGGAAAUCCUCAUCAGCAGCAAUGGGUUGGAGAGGUACAGCUCCUAUGAUUCUUCCUCCAUGGGCAGCGACGUUUUUGAAGGCGACUCGGAUGAGGAGAGCACACGGGGGGAUAAUAAAAAGGGGGAAGUUACACAGGAGCAGAAUAAACAGGGGAAUAAUUGGAGUGGAAAAGGCGUGAGUGCAAAUCAAAUUAGGGUUGCACCCAACAAGGGUAGACAUACCGAUGAAGCCUUAACUGCUCCUAUUAAGCGCGAACACAAACGUGGAGUAAGCAACGGAGGAGUUACCCCCAACGCGCCAUUCUACAACGACCCCGUGGUAAGGAGGGGCAUUCAGGUGGACAAAACCAGAGGAGCAGAUGAAGCAAAUGAUGAGAAGGCGAAAGGGUUAAUUAAAAAGAGGACUCUCGAUGAUGAAGUGCAUGUGGAGAAUGUUAAGACAGCAGCUGCUGGGAGGGAUACAAAAAAGGAAUGUCUUAAUGGAAGCAGAAAAUCACAGAGUGGGGGGAAGUUUGCCUUGGUGAAUAAGGUAGUACAUGGAAGGAGACGCAACGUGGAGAACCCACCACGCGAGAAAAGCACAGUGAAGAGAGAGGACGGAAAGCACUGCGCGGGUGCACAGAGUGGAGCGGUGAAAGGAGGGGGAAAUACUUCCAAGGAGGGAGCAAGAAAUGAGACAAAAUUGCGUGACGGAGAGGUGCACAACAGCGAGAUGCACGACCGCGAGAUGCACAACAGCGAGACGCAGGAGGAGAAGAAGAAGAAAAAGAACGCGCUGAUGGAGCUGCUAAAAUUAGACCUAGGUAAAGGUGACAAGGGGAAGAGACGUGGAAGAGGAGACAAGAGUAACGACUCAUGUGUACGCAAGUCGCAGGAUAAAAAAUGCGGCUACUCUGCAUCUCUCAAGUCAGAGUCCACAGAUGUAACCGAGAGGGAUUCACAUAAGCGUGUCCUCAAGGGGGAAGAGAAGCUCCUCAUGAAUUCCCCUUACGGUAAUGACUUCGAGGAGCUGAAUAGGUCAAGGGGGAUCAGUGUCUACGCGUACCCAAUUCGCAUACAGGAAGGCACUUCUGUACGAGGGGAGCUCGCAGAAGGAAAUGGAGACGGAAGCCAUAAUAAAGAAAGCAGCCAUGAGGAAUUAAACAAGCGUGAGGAAAGAUAUCAGGACGAGGGGCCCGCCCCCUCGAGCAUCGCCGAAAUUUUACAGAAGCUGAGCGACCUGCAAGCGUCGAGCGAGAAGGACGCAACCCUCAACAAUAGCCUGGCCAUGCACCUGAAGGAAGUUUGCCUCACGCUGGGCAAAGAAAAGCAACAGAGCGACAUCCUCUUAAGCCAAAAUGAGAAGCUUCAAACAGAAAUAAAGCGAUUAAAAGAGAGUAAGAAAAAAUUAAAAACGAAAAUGAAAAAAUUAGAAAACUGUUAUAAGCAAAAGUGCACAGUUGUUAAGAGGUACCAGAACAUGAGACACAAGUUCAAACUGGCUGAACAGGAUCAGGUGGACAUACCCGACGACGACAUGGAUCAUCAGAACAAAUACAUCGAGAACGCUAUGGAGCAGCUUUACAAUGUGUUCUCCGAAGUGUUUGGGGAAAACCACGUUAUGACGAAGAGAAUAGAGAGCUUAGCCAAUGUAUACAUAAAAAAGGAGAAGAGCGUGGAAAUACAAAUGGUCACCCAGAGGAAGCAAUUGGAGCUUCUAAAAAAUGUAGAGGACAUCGUAAAAAAGAAAAACGAAUACUACUACGAGUUGCAAAAGAAGAACGAAAUUAUUACAAGCUUAAAUAGCAAUUUGGCCAAAAUAACACAAAGCGUCGCGGACAUGAAGAAUGGCGUUCUCGAAAGUGAAAAAAAGAUGAAAGACUUGACGACGCAGCUGGCAAAGAAGGAUGCCCUCCUGAAAGAAUUCGAAACAAAAAACAGCCAAAUGAUGGACGAAAAGGAGAAGCUGUUUCAGAAGGAACGAGCGCAGCUGCUGGAGUUACUCAAUGAUAAAGACGACAACGUCAAAAACGUGAAGCACUACAAAGAAGAAAUAAAAUGCCUGGAAGACAAACUGAAAAAAUAUUUGGACCGAAAUGUACACAAAAUACAUGACAAGAACUACGAACUUAUGGUGGACAAGCUGCAUGACGAACAAAUAAAAAUGCACUCCCUGUUGACCGAAAAGGAAAAAAUUAUUAAUGAGAAAAACAUUCAAAUUGAGAACUUGGAGUCCCAGUUGCAGUCCUGGGCCGACGAGGCCACGAACUGGGUGGUCGUGGCGGACAAGCACACUACACUAAUAACAAACCAUAACAUAUUAAAGAAAAACUACGAAGAGCUCAAAUAUAAAUAUAUCAUGGACAUGAAAUACGUCCAAACGAACAAAAAUGAGAAAGUUAAGGAGCUCAUACGGAAGUAUGCUUAG